CAGCCACGAGGUGCGGUGCAAGCCUGGAGCUGUGAGAAGGUGGUCUGGACGGGUCCACCGAGCCCAGAGCCCUCAAACCGAGGAUACGGUCAAACUGCAGCAGCAACCGCAGCCUGCAGGGGGCGCCCGGACGUAGCGCGCGGCCCGCCCCGCCCAGCGGCCCGGCCCCGUCACGUGCCCGUGGCGUCGCGUCACACCCGGAAGCAGCGGCUGGAGCGGAGUCGGGAGCAAGGAGCGGAGUCGGGAGCAAUGAGCGGGGAGCCGGGGCCGACGUGUGAAGCGCCCCCUCCCGGGGAGAUUGAACCGGGUAGUGGGGUCCGCAUCGUAGUGGAGUAUUGUGAACCCUGCGGAUUUGAGGCGACCUACCUGGAGCUGGCGAGUGCCGUGAAGGAGCAGUAUCCUGGCAUUGAAAUUGAGUCGCGUCUGGGGGGCACAGGGGCCUUUGAGAUUGAAAUCAACGGACAGCUGGUGUUCUCCAAGCUGGAGAAUGGAGGCUUCCCUUACGAGAAAGAUCUCAUUGAGGCCAUCCGAAGAGCCAGUAACGGAGAACCCCUAGAGAAGAUCACGAACAGCCGUCCUCCCUGUGUCAUCCUGUAACCACGCGUGAUUCUGGGUUCCUGCUCUGUUCUGAGACCCAAGCCUUGGCCUCGACCCCUUUGGUCCUGCUGAGGGCUCCCCACUCCCCUCAUUUAGCUCCUGGUAAGCUAGGAGACUCUGGCCUCUGCUUUGUCCCUUUGGGUACCAGGAGGGAAUAGAAUCUGCUGUGGUCUUUGGAGUGGGAGAGAGACUGUCUUUGUGGGCCUUUCCAUAGCCACCUUCUACCCCCUUGCUAAGAUCAGUGCACAAGAAAAGUCUGCCCCCCACCCCCUGCAGCUUAGCCAUACUGGCCAAAUAAAUGCCACCACAGUUAUAACUUAUCUUCCACUAGCCCUGAGCAAUGUCAACUAUUGGCAAUAAAGUGGCACUACAAACA